AUGGCUGCAUCUGUGCCUCUAGACGAACUGAUCCCCUUUCCCACGGAGGUCAACGACACCCAUAAGGUAUACAGAAUCGCAGCGGCCUGUAUAGCUCUCUGCAUUGUUACUACCGGGUUCGUCGUAGCACGCUUGACACUUCGAGCCCGAUCCAAAAACCUGGGACCGGAUGAUUAUGCCAUCAUACCGGCAACUAUAUUGUACAUCGGCUGGUCGAGUCUAGCAGCCUAUAUAAACCUCAAUGCGGGAGUCGAUAAACCUCUAUGGGAAAUCACCAUAGCGGAGUAUUCUCUAUGGUAUAAGGGAAUCGUAGCGACGGCAUGGCUAUACCCUAUAAUGUCAGGCACGAUCCGAGUGUCUAUCACCCUGUUCUACCUGCGCAUAUUUGGACACGGUAACAAUGUCACGAUCAGGCGGAUUCUAUAUGCGUUUUUAGCCUUGCAGGGUGUCUACGUCGUGGUCUUCUCUAUUACACCUAUUUGGGCUUGCCAACCACUCUACUGGGCAUGGGACCCUCUACAGCAUCCUCUACACUGCAACGAUUUAUACUAUACGUACUCGACGAUCGGCCUCUACAGCGUUAGCUUAGCGUACGACGUCGUCUUGCUCCUAUUCCCAAUAUACCCGGUUUUGAAGCUCAAUAUGGGCUGGCGAAGACGUAUUGGUAUCCUGGUUAUCUUCAUGUUGGGUGCAGCGGCCAGCAUUGCUGCUGCAUUGAAGUUAGCUCUGUUUGUGGACGGCAUUCGAAGAUUUGUGGUUACGGAUCCCGUCUUUUUCCAAUACCUCGCCUCCCGCUUUAUUGCCGGGUCGUUCGCUGGUUACGGCGAGACAUUCUGGAUUCCAUCUCAAGUUGAGCCUACUGUCGCCCUCAUUGGAGCAUCGCUGCCAGCACUCGGCCAUUCUAUGAAGUUAGUUGCAGGACGUGUCACGAAAGUGUGGUCUAGUUUAACUUCGACUUCGAAGACUACGACGUAUGACUCUCAAUCAAACCCACCGACGUUUGGCCACAAGCAGACACCUAGUAAAGGAGGAUUUCAGCCCCUGAACGAAUCGCAGAUCGAGCUACGGGAUACAGGAAGGUCCAAAGUCGAUAGCCGCGCGCAAUCUACCGAUAAUAGGAGUUAUUAUUGA